AUCCCACAAUCUCUCAUCAGAAUCAUCUCUCUUUGCAUAAACCCUAGAAAAAACCUCUCCGCUUUUUUCCUUCAAAUCGAGCGAACAAUGUCAGAGUCGAAGAAGAUUGUGUUGAAAAGCUCCGAUGACGAGACAUUCGAGGUCGACGAAGCGGUGGCUCGUGAGUUCCAGAUCGUAGCACACAUGAUCGAAGACGGCUGCGCCGGUAAACCAAUCCCUCUCUCGAACGUCACAGGGCCGAUCCUCUCGAAAGUCAUCGAGUAUUGCAGGAAGCACGUGGAGGCUGGUGCUAAGGUCGAGGAAGACGAGGAGGCGAAGAAGGAGCUCGACAAGUGGGACGCUGAUUUCUUGAAAGGAAUGGAUUUCGACACAAUGUUCCCUCUCGUUCUCGCUGCAAACUAUCUCAACGUCAAAGGCCUUCUCGAUCUCGUUUGCCAGUCGAUUGCAGAUUACAUCCAAGACAAGAAAGUGGAGGAAGUUCGCGAGAUUUUCAAGAUCGAGAACGAUUACACACCCGAGGAAGAAGAAGCAGUUCGUAAGGAGAACGCUUGGGCUUUUGAAAAUUGAUUCCAGAAAAAAACUCUUCUGAUUUGCUAAUUUUUCUUUUGGGUGUUCUUAAAUCUUUAGGGUUUUUCCGUUUUUCUCAAGUGUAUGUGAUUGAGAAUUAAUCGACUGUUCAAUUUUCAGAGAUUUAUCUUU